AUGUCUGAUUUGCCUGAACCACCAGUCUCUGCGGAGCUCAAAGCUUGGCUGUAUAACGCCAUUGCAGACUCCAUUCCAAAAGCUUUGGCAGCUUUUAAUGAACAUUCAAAGUCUGCCCCUAGGGCUCCUGUCAUUCACCUCUCAGACUCUGAAGAGUCAAAAGGCUCAGACCAUGACGAAUGUCCCUGCAAAUGCCCUUGGAAGGGCAAUAGUGCUAGCGCCGGUAAGGGCAAGGCACCAGCAAAAGCACCUAGAUUAUCCCUUUCUGGUACUCGGGAUAAUACCCUCAAUUAUAACUUCGACCCAUUAGAGGGUUCAACUUCCAACCUGCAACUUCAGGUACUGGAUGAAUACUCUGCAGGGUAUUCGGACGAGGACCUUCCCUCCCAUGAACCCCACCAAAAUGAGCUCCAAACCUCUGAUCCUAACCAAAACAUAUCUGAGGAUAUUUUACUAGAUACCUCUGGCUGCCCCCUGUUCUGUAGGAUGUGGCUCCGUAAACCAUUGGAAAAAGAG